AUGGCAGAAGAAAAAUUAAUAGAGGCAGUGAGGGAACACAGAAAGCUGUAUAACACAAAACACGCAGACUACAUGAAGGUCAAACUCAAGAACCGGAUUUGGAGUGAUAUAGCAAAGGAUCUGAAUUUGAAAGACGGGGAAGAGACAAAAAAUUCGUGGCUGAAGCUGAGAGGCAGCUAUCGAGAUGCACGACGACGACAGGUGAAAUAUAUGAAAGGCAGAGCUGCUGCUGAGAAUAUCAAGCCGUGGAGAUAUCAAAACCAGAUGUCAUUUCUUGAACCUUUUAUGACAGCUGGUCCACGUGAUAGUAGUCUAGGUGAUGGCAGUGAUCACAGCUCACAAGCUACAACUAAAACAUCAGCAAGAAGUGAUACACUGGAAACCGAGGAAUUAGAAGAUAACAGCUCACUCGACAAUGAGGCGAAUGAGCAAAGUCAAGAUAUUAAUAACUACGACAGCAACUAA